AAGAGUUUCUGAAAUAUGUUUUUAAGAAAAUAAGUAAGUUUCAGCAAAACGGUUCAUGUUUUAUUAAGAUAAUUGAAAGUUUCAGUUCUGUUUAUCUUCAAAAUAAGUUCUAUUGACAAUCGCGCACUGCACAUGGAGAUGGCCGCAACAUCAGAUUCUAGAAUAAACAGUGAUAAGUGAUUAAAGUGUAAAGAUUUUGGGGUUCUGUGACGAAUAUAGCAUAUGUUGAGGAUCUUUCAUAAGAAAGUCGUGAAAAUAUUUAUAUCUUAUUUAAUACUACUGUAUCAAAUUGAUCAUUCCGCUCUGACUACAACCAUUCAAUAUGCCACAAAACGAGUACAUUGAACGUCACAUUAAACUACAUGGUCGCCGCCUCGAUCAUGAGGAACGAAAACGGAAGCGAGAAGCUCGCGAACCAAAGAAACGCGCAGCUAUGGCCCGUAAACUGCGAGGCAUCAAGGCAAAACUAUUCCAGAAAGAGCGACGGAACGAAAAGAUUCAAAUGAAGAAGAAGAUUCAAGCACACGAGGAGAAAAAAGUCAAAAAGACAACGGAGAAAGUUGAGGAUGGCGCUAUUCCGACCUACUUGUUAGAUCGCGGUGUGCAAUCCAGCGCCAAGGUUCUUUCUAACAUGAUAAAACAAAAACGGAAGGAAAAAGCUGGCAAGUGGGAUGUACCUAUACCAAAAGUACGUGCACAAUCCGAUGCAGAGGUGUUCAAAGUUAUUCGCAGCGGAAAGACAAAACGAAAAGCUUGGAAACGGAUGGUCACAAAGGUUACGUAUGUCGGAGAGAAUUUUACAAGGAAGCCGCCAAAGUUUGAACGAUUUAUUCGCCCAAUGGCGCUACGGUUUAACAAAGCUCACGUCACACAUCCUGAGCUAAAGGCCACAUUCCACCUGCCAAUCAUAGGUGUUAAGAAAAAUCCUUCUUCUCCUAUGUACACUAGUUUAGGUGUCAUUACAAAAGGUACUGUGAUAGAGGUCAACAUUUCCGAACUUGGAUUAGUGACACAAUCCGGCAAAGUAGUCUGGGGAAAAUAUGCACAGGUCACAAAUAAUCCCGAAAACGAUGGAUGUAUUAAUGCAGUUCUCCUAGUAUAAUUUCGUGCUUCAUCUCAUUCAACAGUCUCAUUGUUUCAAAUUCGCCCUAGCUCGUAAGAUUGUGACGUUAUUGUAUUCUUCUGGAAUAUAAACAUGGUAUAUCCUAUAAUGAUAGUUUUUAUACAAUCAAA